CUAAACGCUAUUUCUGUGUCAGCUAGCAAAAUGGAGCCGUUCAUAGUGGGAGGGCAAGAGGUUUCCAUAGAAGAUUGGCCGUUCAUUGCUUUUGUAGAAGUAACCUGGUUUGGUUUGUUCGCGAUGGCGUGUGGCGGGUCCCUCAUCAGCUCGCAGACGGUAUUGAGUGCAGCACAUUGUAUGGAUGAUAUCACGGAGAAAAAGGCACAUAUGUUAGGAUUAUCCUUCAACAUUUAUAUGGGCCACUCAUCUCACGCAAAAGCAAGAAUGACUCGAGAAGUUAAACAUUACGAGACACACGAAGAUUACUCGCCAGAAGACGUUGACGUGCUAUAUGACAUCGGCAUCAUGUUUCUGACUACACCUGUCAGAUUUUCUGACAAAGUGCAGAAGGCGAUAUUGCAACCCAGCUUUAGUUUUAAAGAGGACAGUCAUUUGGUGGUGGCUGGGUGGGGCGGUACAGACCCAGAAAGAAAAGGAACCAGCAGCGAGAGGCUAAGAGCGAUUCGAAUGACCGCAAAGAAAUAUAGAAGGUGUAAAAAUAUGGACAGGGUCAUUUGCACAGCGAGUAAAAAGGGACACCCUUUUACUGGUGACUCCGGCGGCCCCGUUGUAAACGCCGACACCCGUCGCCUUGUCGGAGUAGUGUCCCUCAGAAAUAUGGACACAGGGAUCACAAUAUUGACCAGCGUACCGGAUUACUGGGAUUGGAUAAGAAAGGCGCAACUAAAGUUGUUCCGGAAAUUUUGUGGACAGAGAAAGUAAACUUGUUAAACGUAAA